AUGUAGUACCGACAAAAAUUUCACUGAUAUCGCAACAGAUUUCAGAGUGCCACUCCGCAAGCAGGAAUCAAUUCGUUCUCGUCUCGCAAGAGUAAGCUCGCUGCAGGCAUAUGGAGAGCAACUCCGAAUCCACUAUCAGAAAAAAUUGUUGCGUUAUUUUGGCGAAUCGAAUUCAAAUUUGACACGAGUAAAUUUGCAAAGUGAGAUAGACGAAAUGCUGAGAAACUACAUGGAUGCACAGUACUAUGGUGAAAUUUCGAUUGGCACGCCGGCACAGAACUUCACGGUUGUAUUCGAUACCGGCUCAUCAAAUUUGUGGGUCCCUUCUGUGAAAUGCCCUCUGCUCGAUAUCGCUUGUACAUAUGAUCUGAACGUUAUAUACGAAAUGUGACC